CAGUGCUGAGCCCCGAUCCGGCGGCCCCCACCCACCCCCUCCCGACCAUCCUACUCGGACACACAAACACCCCGGGGAGCCCCCAAAUUCACUGAGACCCCCCCAAAUCCCUCCCACUUACCCACUCCCCGCCCCUGAAGCUUUCCCCAAGAAGGCGCCACGAUGGGGGACAAAAAGGAUGACAAGGACUCCCCCAAGAAGGGCAAGGCCAACAAGGAGAGGAAGGACCUGGACGACUUGAAGAAGGAAGUGGCUAUGACAGAGCACAAGAUGUCGGUGGAAGAAGUCUGCAGGAAAUACAACACCGACUGUGUCCAGGGUCUGACGCACAGCAAAGCCCAGGAGAUUCUGGCCCGGGACGGGCCCAACGCGCUGACUCCGCCUCCCACCACCCCAGAGUGGGUCAAGUUCUGUCGCCAGCUCUUUGGGGGCUUCUCCAUCCUGCUCUGGAUCGGGGCGAUCCUCUGCUUCCUGGCCUACGGUAUCCAGGCCGGGACAGAAGACGAUCCUGCCGGGGAUAACCUGUACCUGGGCAUUGUCCUGGCUGCUGUUGUCAUUAUUACUGGCUGCUUCUCCUACUACCAAGAGGCAAAGAGCUCAAAGAUCAUGGAAUCCUUCAAGAACAUGGUGCCCCAGCAAGCCCUGGUGAUCCGCGAGGGUGAGAAGAUGCAGGUGAACGCUGAGGAGGUGGUGGUGGGCGACCUCGUGGAGAUCAAGGGGGGAGAUCGAGUCCCCGCCGACCUGCGCAUCAUCUCCGCUCACGGCUGCAAGGUGGACAACUCCUCCCUGACGGGAGAGUCGGAGCCGCAGACCCGCUCCCCGGACUGCACCCACGACAACCCCCUGGAGACACGAAACAUCACCUUCUUCUCCACAAACUGCGUGGAAGGCACGGCCCGGGGCGUCGUGGUGGCCACCGGAGACCGGACAGUGAUGGGGAGGAUCGCCACCCUUGCAUCAGGGCUGGAGGUGGGGAAGACACCCAUCGCCAUAGAGAUCGAGCACUUCAUCCAGCUCAUCACUGGGGUGGCUGUCUUCCUGGGCGUGUCCUUCUUCGUGCUCUCCCUCAUCCUGGGCUACACCUGGCUGGAGGCCGUCAUCUUCCUCAUCGGCAUCAUCGUGGCCAACGUGCCCGAGGGGCUGCUGGCCACUGUCACCGUAUGCCUGACUCUGACGGCCAAGCGUAUGGCGCGCAAGAACUGCCUCGUGAAGAACCUGGAGGCGGUGGAGACGUUGGGUUCCACGUCCACCAUCUGCUCCGACAAGACUGGCACUCUCACCCAGAACCGCAUGACUGUUGCCCACAUGUGGUUCGACAACCAGAUCCACGAGGCUGACACCACCGAGGACCAGUCCGGAACCUCUUUUGACAAGAGUUCACACACCUGGGUGGCCCUGUCUCAUAUCGCUGGGCUUUGUAACCGAGCUGUCUUCAAGGGAGGCCAAGAUAACAUCCCCGUGCUCAAGCGAGACGUGGCGGGUGACGCCUCCGAGUCGGCGCUCCUCAAGUGCAUCGAGCUGUCGUCCGGCUCCGUGAAACUGAUGAGGGAGAGAAACAAGAAGGUGGCCGAGAUCCCCUUCAACUCCACGAACAAGUACCAGCUCUCCAUCCAUGAAACAGAAGACCCCAAUGACAACCGCUACCUGUUGGUGAUGAAGGGGGCACCCGAACGCAUCCUGGACCGCUGCUCCACUAUCCUGCUGCAGGGCAAGGAGCAGGCCCUGGAUGAGGAGCUCAAGGAAGCUUUCCAGAAUGCUUACCUGGAACUGGGCGGCCUGGGAGAGAGGGUUCUUGGUUUCUGCCACUAUUACCUGCCGGAGGAGCAGUUCCCCAAGGGCUUCGCCUUCGACUGCGACGAUGUCAACUUCACCACGGACAACCUGUGCUUCGUGGGACUCAUGUCCAUGAUCGACCCGCCCCGCGCCGCCGUGCCUGACGCCGUGGGGAAGUGCCGCAGCGCGGGCAUCAAGGUGAUCAUGGUGACUGGGGACCACCCCAUCACGGCCAAGGCCAUCGCUAAGGGUGUGGGCAUCAUCUCGGAAGGCAACGAGACUGUGGAGGACAUUGCCGCCCGCCUCAACAUCCCCGUCAGCCAGGUCAACCCCAGGGACGCCAAAGCCUGUGUGAUCCACGGAACGGACCUGAAGGAUUUCUCAACGGAGCAGAUAGACGAGAUCCUGCAGAACCACACUGAGAUUGUUUUCGCCCGAACCUCCCCCCAGCAGAAGCUCAUUAUCGUGGAGGGCUGUCAGAGACAGGGAGCCAUCGUGGCCGUCACCGGGGACGGGGUCAACGACUCCCCCGCGCUGAAGAAGGCCGACAUCGGCGUGGCCAUGGGCAUCGCAGGCUCCGACGUGUCCAAGCAGGCGGCCGACAUGAUCCUGCUCGACGACAACUUCGCCUCCAUCGUCACCGGCGUCGAGGAGGGCCGCCUGAUCUUCGACAACCUGAAGAAAUCCAUCGCCUACACGUUAACCAGCAACAUCCCGGAGAUCACUCCCUUCCUGCUAUUCAUCAUGGCCAACAUCCCCCUGCCACUGGGCACCAUUACCAUCCUCUGCAUCGAUCUGGGCACUGACAUGGUGCCCGCCAUCUCCCUGGCAUACGAGGCGGCCGAGAGCGACAUCAUGAAGAGGCAGCCCAGGAACCCACGGACCGACAAGUUGGUGAACGAGAGACUCAUCAGCAUGGCCUACGGGCAGAUCGGAAUGAUCCAGGCGCUGGGGGGCUUCUUCGCCUAUUUCGUGAUCCUGGCGGAGAACGGCUUCCUACCCUCCAACCUGGUGGGCAUUCGCCUCAAUUGGGAUGAACGCACGGUGAACGACCUGGAGGACAGUUACGGGCAGCAGUGGACGUACGAGCAGAGAAAGUCGGUGGAGUUCACGUGCCACACGGCCUUCUUCGUCAGCAUCGUGGUAGUGCAGUGGGCUGAUCUCAUCAUCUGCAAAACCCGCAGGAACUCUGUCUUUCAGCAGGGCAUGAAGAAUAAGAUCCUGAUCUUCGGACUGUUUGAGGAGACGGCACUGGCAGCUUUCCUGUCCUACUGCCCGGGCAUGGAUGUGGCCCUGCGCAUGUACCCGCUCAAGCCCAGCUGGUGGUUCUGUGCCUUUCCCUACAGCUUCCUCAUCUUUGUCUAUGACGAGAUCCGUAAACUCAUCCUACGCAGAAAUCCCGGGGGUUGGGUGGAAAAGGAAACAUACUACUGAUCUCCCGCUGAGGACCAACUCUCCCCUUCCCUGCCAGCCCUGGCCCCAACCCCCUCCCCACCCAGGACCCUGGAGCAUAAGGGGAAUUCACCUCUUUCUCCCCCCAGCUCCCUUCCUGGUUUUAUAUUCUGGGUGAAGUCCCGCCCAUUCUCUAGGCCUCACCCCUCCGUCUCCACCCGAACCCGACGCCCUCCCCCAGCCCAGGCCAGCCCCCCUCUCCCACCGACCCCCCAGUUUUUAUUUCUGCCCUCUGGCUCUCUCCCCUCCUCUGCUUGCUCGACUUUCCUUUCUCUCUCUGUCUCCCUCACCCUCUCCCAUCCCUGUCUCUUCAUCACUCUCCUCCAGUCUCCCCUUCUCUCCAUCUCCCUCCGAUUUGUCAUCUCUCUCUCUCUCUCUCUCUCUCUCUCUCUCUCUCUCUCUCUCUCUAUCCACCUCUCUCUUUUGUACUCCCCUCCGCUGUGUCCAUCUCUGUUUUUCUGUUUCUGGACAAUUACAAAUAUAUUGGUGGAGAGAGAGAA